AUGAAGUGGAAACUGGCCUCCAUUUUGGCUCUGUUGCUGUGCCUCUCUCAAAUCCUGGCUCAAGGGGACCUGUCCAGUACGGAGGAUGAGGACGUUGAUGUCUCCACAAGAAUUCUGGCUGAAAACCAAAAUAUAUCGGAAUUUCUGCUGGAGGGAGAUGUGGCCAUACCGACUGGCAGGAAUGCCAUGAAGUGCCGUGGAAAGUGCAGGUGGCCGAAGUUACCGUCUGGACUUGUGGAAGUGCCAUACACAAUUGAUGACGACUUCUCUGACGAGCUGAAGGCUUAUAUUGAGAAGGGCAUGAAGGAAUUCCAUGUCGAGACCUGCAUUCGUUUUGUUCCUCACACCAAACAAGUAAACUUCAUCCAAAUCAAGAAUUCUACUGGGUGCUGGUCGGUGAUUGGAAUGUAUGGUCGUCGUGGACAGCAAUUAUCUUUGAAACUGCCUGGCUGCAUGGCGAAAAAGAUCAUUCAGCACGAGCUUCUUCAUGCCCUCGGCUUCUUCCAUGAACAUCAGAGGAGUGAUCGGGACAAGUACAUCCGAACCAACUGGGAGUAUGUCAAAGAAGGUUCCUUAAAAACGGUGGACACUAUUAACCUGAACACAACGUAUGACUAUGGCUCCAUCAUGCAUUAUGGCAGAUAUGCUUUUUCAAACACCACCGGUAAGGAAACCAUGACUCCAAUUCCUGACCCCGAUGUGAGCUUGGGAGGGUCCGCCGUCCUAACAGUGACAGACAUUUUGAAGGUCAACAGAUUGUAUCAGUGUGCUGAGACCAGAGACAGUCAUGUCAGGCUGAAGCCCAACUUGACCGGGGAAAUCAAUGUGGCCAGCGUGUGUCUCAGAUACUUCUCCGAUAUCCCCUCAAGCAACAGGAAGCAAACCUUCUUCUCCUUGGCAACCCAUUCCCACAGCAAAGGUUUCCUGGUCUGCAAGCUGGGACUCAACCGGCACCAGUUGCACAUCGGAAGCGCUAAGGCGGACUUCUGGGGCCUCCCGGAUGAGGUGGACCAGUGGAAUUCCUUCUGCUCCACGUGGGACUCCAAAACAGGCAUGGCCCAGGUAUGGCUGAACGGUAAACCCAGUGUCAGGAGGUCCCUCUUCAAGGGUUCUCUAACGGGAGUGCCGAGCAUCGUGCUCGGUCAAGACCAGGGUUGGUACGGCGGUCAGUUCAACUCCGAAAAAGCGCUAAUCGGCCAGCUCACAGACGUGCAGAUGUGGGACCGCGUGAUCUCCCCGUGUGAGAUCAAACGGUUUUCAGAGAACAAAUACAUCAAGGGUGGUAAUGUUAUCAACUGGAAAGCACUGGAUUAUGCCAAAUAUGGAGAUGUGAUCGAGGAGAGGAAGAUAGAUUUGACUGGCCAGAAGAACUGUAAGUGACAAGUUAGCCAUUAGCAAUAGCUUUUUUGUUUACUUUGGGGAACUUGUGGCUUAUGGCUAACUGCAAUAGAACAGUAUAGAUUGACAGAAAAUCAGCGGGCGAGAACGAUGGGAGUAGGGUCAGGAAAUGGCCGCAGGUUCUGGACCCUGAAUACACAGACCCGUAUGUGGCAUGGAUGCUGCAGCUACCUUGAAUUUCCCCUUGGGGAUCAAUCUAUCUAUCUAUCUAUCUAGCUGCCACCACUGUGCCCGCCGCCAUUAGCAAUUCUUCAUGGCAUGACAUCGCCAUUAUAUCGACAAAAGACAGUAAUUCACUAAGAGCCACUUUUUAAACAGUUGUGCUGUCAUUGGAAUUUCCAAGGUUUCAUAUUUUUUAGGGUAGUUAGCUUAGCUUGCUAGUUUUAAACUCCACCUCUUUACUGUUGCCAUUUGAGAGGUUAGCCUAAUUAUUGAGAUUAUAAUCAGUCAAUGACCAGUAUCUACACAUUA